UUGAAAAUAGAAAGAACCCAAGAGAAAAUAGAGCAAUGAGAAAUGGUACUACCAAAAAUGGAGAGGCACCAAUGUCCGAAAGAUAGUUGAAACUUUGAAAAAUAGGGUUUCAAUCGUUUGGGGAUUUUAGCGCAUGAGAUUUUUUGUGGUGCAUUUCAUUCGCCACAACCUUAGAUUCUUGACGAAACCGAAAACCCGGAGUACACAGUACCCCCAGACGCUUCCUUCUGAUACAACGGCCGCCAACCGUAUUCCCUUCACGCUUCCUCCUCCGCCGCCACCGCCACCGCCCACCGCCCCUAACUUUUCCGGAGCUCUGACGAGAGGAUUUGAAUUUCAGUGUUGAUUCUUUAUACUAAGGCAGCGGAAUGGGGAAGCUUGGGAAGAAAGCAAGGAAGUUCGCAAAGAAAAAUCUUCAGACUGUGCUCAGAAGGAAACGGAAACUGAAGUCUUCGUUCAAAAAGAAAGCUCCAUCAAGACAGGACAAAGACAGUGUUGAAAAUCAAGACGGCGUGUCGAAGCUCCACAAUCAAUUGAAUGGUGAAGCUGAUGAAAACAACAAUGUUUCCCUUGAUGCAAUUUUCAGUGAAGAUGAAUAUGAUAUGCUUGAAGAUGAUUCCGACAGUGAUGGUUACAUCUCAGAGGAACCAAGCUCUUUUAACACACCUGAAAAUGAAAUCGACAAUAGUUCUGAAGGUGGCAUUGAUAUGAUUAAUCCCAAUGAUUUAUCGGACCAAAACAAAGAAAUCCAUUCAGAACUCACAAAGAAAAUCAAGCAACUGAAUAGGUUGAAAAAAAAGGAUCCAGAAUUCUUGAAGUUUCUGGAAACCAAUAAUAAGGCUGUUGAACCUUUCAGAGAUGAAGACACUAAUUCUGAUGAGGAAACAAUCAAUGCUGAUGGAUUAAAGCGAGAUGAACAGAGUGUUAGUUCUAAUAAAAACUUGUUGUUGAGUUCCUCUGUGGUUGAUUCCUGGUGUCAUCAAGUCAAGAACAAGCAGGAUGUGCCUCUAUUUACCAGUCUAAUAAAUGGGUAUCGAGCUGCAUGUCACUACGGUUCUGAAGCAAUAGGCAACGUAGAUGCUGGCAGAUGUUAUAAAAUUGGAAACAGUGAAACUUUCUCCAAGAUAUUAAUUUUCAUGCUUUCUGAGGCUGACAAUUUAUUUAGGGAGCAGUUAGGACUCUUGACUAAGAGCUAUAAAAAGGAAAUGAUUUUAGAAUUGCGAAACACCCAAAAGUGGAAAACGCUCAAGCCCUUGAUCAAGUCAUAUUUAAGAAGUAGCUUGUUUCUCUUGAACGAGGUUUCAGAAACUGAGAUAUUGAGGUUCUCUUUGGCUCGAAUAAGAGUGUCUGUUAUAUUCUUUGCAGCUUUCCCUUCUCUGCAGCGCAGGCUCAUUAAGAUUGCAGUACAUUUGUGGGCAACUGGUGAAGGAACAAUAUCAUCACUCUCAUUUCUCAUAAUACGAGAAAUGAGUUCUGUGCUUGGGUCUAAUGUCUUCGACACCUGCUGGAUUAAAAUGUACAAGGCUGUCAUUGCCAACUGUCAAUUUGCAGAGCCAAUUCUGCAUAAACACAUGCAAUUUCUGAGGGACUCCUUCGUUGAGUUAUGCUCUCUUGAUGUCCAUAGAUCUACUACUAGGGCCAAGGUUUCAAUCCAGCAACUUACAAAGAUACUGCAUCAGGGUUUACGAACGAAGAAGAAAGAAGCAGUCCAGAUGAUGCGCAGUUGGCAAUUUAUCAAUUGCAUUGAUCUCUGGGUCAAGUUCAUUGGUGCAAAUUUCCAGGAUUACGAUUUGCAAACAAUGCUCUACAAUGUUAUUCAGAUUAUAAAUGGAGUGGCUGUAUUGUUUCCUGGUCCUAGAUAUUUACCGUUACGAAUUAAAUGCAUUCAGUGGUUGAAUUAUCUUUCCAGAUCCACUGGGAUUUUUAUCCCUGUUGCAUCUAUGGUGUUGGAUAUUUUGGAACAUAUAACUGUUAAGGAGGGCAAGAAUUCAGGAGUUGUCUUCCACCACUUGUCUGUCCUACAGCUGCCAAAAUAUUGGUUGAAGUCGCAGAACUUUGUGGAGGAAUGUGUUUUAUCUACCAUUGAACUUUUAUCAUCUCACUUUUCUCAAUGGAGUCACCAUAUAUCCUUCCCUGAACUGGCUACUAUUCCACUUAUUCAACUCAAGAAGUUUCAUGCGGCAUCUACAACAGAGAAUCUCAAGCGUUUGGUAAAACGUUUUAUUGAUCAGGUUGAGCAGAAUAUCGACUUCAUUAACAAAAAGAGAGAUGAAAUCUCGUUUUCACCCAAUGAUCAGCAAGCUGCCGAAUCAUUUCUUCAGCUAGAGAAAUGCAACAGCAACGUUCCAUUUAUACAAUAUUACAAAAGCAUAUUGGACAAAGCUGCAUCCAGGAGUCUGGCUGUGGACAAAAAGUUUCUUGGAGCCAACAAAAACAAAAAGAAAAGGCAGCAGCAUGAAAAAAAUCAACAAAUUGAAUCGGCUGCUAACGGCAAAGUACAUCCAGAGAAGAGAAGAGGAAAAAAGAGGAAAACUUGAGAAGGAACAGGUUUAUCUGCCCUUUCUCUCUCUUCAAAUAUUAAUACUAUUUUUGUCCCUGGAAAUUCUCUGUUGGUAAAUUCAUAAGAUAAUUUAUCACAUAGAUCAGGAGCCAUCAGGUUAGAUACUAUAAUUGAUUUCUAGCACAACAAGAAAGUUGCCAUUAAUGAAACUAAUGCUGAGAAAAUAGUCGUGUAGAUUAGUUUAGAGCAUUGAAAUUCAUUUUGUUUUGGGGGCAAUAUCAAUUUUGUUUGGGUAAUCGAAAGUGCAAAAUGUUUAGAAGUGUUUCUUCAUAUCUUGAUAUCAAAUUUUGCUUGUUGAGUACUCUAAAAUUUUGCUUGUUGAGUACUCUAAAGGAAAAGCGAAAGUCUCCAUUUAGUUUUUUUUUUUUCUUCUUUUGCUUAAAUUAUUACUUUAGACAGCGAAAUGGAUGUAUGUAUGCAUUUAUUUGGUUA